UCUUAUAACUGGUAUAAUUAUUAGUAAUAUAAUUACAAUAUAAUAACGGCAAUUAAUAAGAGCUAAGUAGCUGCAAUUCGAACAGCGAAACAGGAAUCGAGUGACGAUCAAUCCUUGUGCUUUCCGCUGAAACUUGAGGUUAUCUCGUGUGCGGGGGUGUGUCGUGUAGGUUCAUUAGUUCUUCGAGAGAUCGCGAUCUCGUUCGUUCCGGGCGUGCCGCGAUUCUUCUUUUAUGGUUUGAUUGAUGGAGGUUUCCCUUGUUUACCCAUUUUUAAGGAAAGCUUAUUGCAGUCAUGUUAGAAUUUAUAACUUUAUGAUGUUUUUAAAACUUUAGUGUCGCGAAAAUAGUGUUUUUGAUACUCAAUGCUGUCAGUAGGGCUACGAAUUAUUGUGCGAUGUUUAUAAAAAUCGAUGUUAUCAUUAUGUAAGAUAUAAAUAUUGCGCGAUGUACAUAUGCUUUGUUUUAAAUUUGGAAACAUUCGUGUAAGCGUUGCGUGGAUGACGAAUGUUUUGUUUACUGUAGGUAAUGUUUACGAUUUUUUUUGUAGAUAGCUUAACUUUCCGUACCGGCUCGUGUGACCCCCCCUCCUCCCCCCACCACUUUGGAAGUUGCGUAGCGAGAUAAAGGUGCGAGGAGUCAUUCAGUUGCCUUAUUUCUUGUCGGUAACGUGGUUCAUAUUGAGUCAGUUUUUCUACAAUCAUUUAUUUACCAAAUGAUACUGUUACCGGUAGCUCCUAUCUUAUUGAUCGAUAACAGAGAUAAUAUAGAAGUAACAGGAAUAUUAAUAUAUGGACGCAACGACAAUUAGUCAUCAAUCCGAUGAAUCUUCAUGGGAAUUUGGUAAUGUUUCAUUUUAAUAAUAAUAUUUUAACUAAGACAGCUGUGUGUGAACAAUUCUAUUGUCUUCUUAUUCGAGCAUGGGUAAUAUUUGAUAUACAAUUUAUAUUUAUGAAAUCUUUGAAUAUAUAUGAAAUCAUUCUCUUAUUUCAAACGAAUUUUUAACGAAUUAUCGACGAAUCGCGAUAUAGAUAAUAAUUCUUGAUAAUUUAACGAUAGAUUCGUGUAGACAGAGUUUGAAACAUAGAAAUCUUAAUAACAAUAGCUUGGACUAAUUUCGAUAGGUAUCGUAGUAACAUUCACUUAUCAAAUUCAAAUUCUUUUGCUAUAUUAUGUGAAUUUGCUACAGUUAACCUCAUAUACUUGCAAUUUUGUAACAUAACCUCAUAGAGGUGGCGCGCAGUUAUUCCAAAUACUUCAAAGGAACGUUUUGCGCGCGUUUAUGUAGUACUCUCUAAGGAUAUUUAGUUGUGAAUUUUUGAAUUCUUGUAAAUAUUUUUGAAUAUUUAUAAUACGCGACUAUAGUGUGAUAGUGGAGUAUAUAUUUCGUAUUCUAAUAACGAACAUUCACAAUAUAAUUCUUGCGAAUGAUUGCAUUGCAUUCACGGCUUCAUAAGCAUUUGUUCGAUAUCGAGAAAUAAUUUAUAAUUUUCAACUAAUAUUUUUCAUACUUAUUCCAAUUUCUUAAUAAUAAUCUUUUAAGCGUAAAAAACUAGCUGUAUCUUUUAAAUAAAUGUUCAAUAGGAAAAAGAAGAAAAAUAUCGAAACGAUAUUUCCCUUCUUUUACACCCCCCUCCGCCCGCUAUUACAGAACUUUAUUUCCAGAGAAUAUUUGUGACCGCGCGCAAUGCGAGGUUUGUCAGUUAGUUUGUGAGUCAGUGUUUACUACGCUUUAGUGUCUUUUUCAAUAUUUUCAAAUCACGAUAGUUUUGAUCAAAUUCAAUCAAAUAAUUACACGCGACAGUAAUAAAAUUUUAUCAAACAAGUUUGUAUGCGAUAUUAGAGUUCUUGUUCGCCGAUCAUAAUUUAAGCGGUUACGGUAACGUAGUCUUUUAUUUUUCUUUUUAUAAAUAUAAAUAUAUUUUUUUGAACAUUGGGUUUGGGUAUUAGAGUCUGUUACGUCAGGUGACUCUACACAAACCGGACUCCAUAAUUUGGACAAGAUGGCUGCCAGAUGUUUACACAUCCCUAUUGCGGACCCUGAAGAAUCUCCAUGAUUCACCAUAAGCCUUAGCAUUUUCAUGGUUAAUUUCCUUCAGACCAAACAAGUAUCUUUUUCAUUGAAGUAUUCUUUAGAUUUAUUGUCCAUUUCGAGAAAAUGCUGGAAAGCAGUUUUCCCAUGUACGGUCGAACAAGCCAGUGCAUCUCUCAAGAGGAUAAAACCUCUUCAGGAGCUCAGGAAUCUUCUUCAUCUUCUUUGGGAAUGUUCUAACAGUGGCUCAAAAGCCAAGAAUAUUUUGCACAAUCUCUAUUUCUACCAUUGGAUUUUCAACGGUUCUUGUCUGAUGUCAGUCUUCUUGAUGGUAUUGGUUGGGAUGGUACAGUAUCGAUGGAGAACGAGAUCCUUCGGAAUACUCUGGUCGGAAUGCGUACCGACGGUCGGAUUUGGGCUCCGCGGAAGACUUGGCCGAAUUACGCUGGGCGAUCAACGUGUUAAAUUAAUUUUCUUCGUUAUAUUCUGCUUUAAUUGUUACCUUUUAUGUUAAAUGUUUCUCACUUUCGGUAACUUUGUAUUAUACAUAUUAAAUUCUACAUUUAAUUCUGUGUUAUGAUCAGCAGGUAUUGUAAUGUUAUUCCUGUUGCCUAUUGAGAGAUGUUGCUUGAAUGCAGUUCUCAUGUUCGCCGUCGAUGUAAAUCAUAGAGGGCGUGGAAAACUUUGUCAGGGUCGUCGGUAUUACAGGACGCGAUACAAAAUUUCAUGACAUUAGUUCAUGCAAUUUCCGAUAGGUCGCGCCUCUAUGACAUUUCUAUGAAUCGUUCAAUAAAACUA